AUGGCCGAGCACAUGUUCGACAACGAGAACAACGAGGAGGAUCGCGCCGCCUCGGCCGCACUCUCAACCCUCUUCAACCACGAACAAGUCCAGGCGUACGGUAUCGAGCUUGGCCCCUUCCCCACGGAAGGCGCGAGUGAGGACGUGGCCGCGGCCGCGUCCUUGGUUGAAGCCUCUGCAUCUGGGCCCGUCACCCCUGGGCCGCACGCGGACAAGCCGGAGACGCUGGCGUCGGCCUCACCGGCUGUAGGCGUGCCAAUGGAUGCGGAUGUGGAUGCUGAUGCCCAUGUGGACGCGGAUACAGCGUUAGACCCCUCCCUCGCCGAGCCAAUGGACGAGAUGCCGCCGCCGCUCGAGUCUAUCCCUCUUCCCAAUCCCGAAUCUGCGCAGCGCCCCAAGCGCCCCGGCACGUCGCGGCAGCAUAUGCUUACCCGCGGUGGUGCAUGCGAGUUCUGUAAGCGCCGCAAGCUCAAGUGUACCGCCGAGAUGCCGCAGUGCGCGGCCUGCCGCCGCAGUAAUCGCGAGUGCGUGUACAGCCAGAAGAAGCAGCGGAGCCGGAUGAAGCUACUCGAAGACAAGGUCAACGAGCUCGAGAACCGGCUCGCCACUAGUCCCACUCCCCGCCAAGAGGUGCAUGAGGGUCUGUUUACCGCCCAGGGACCCCAGUUGCCCGAAGCGCCGAGUGCUGGCGUCGAGCUCGCAUUCCUUGGGCUCCGCGAGCACUCGUCCCUCACGCUUGCGGAUAUGACCCUCACUCCCGGCGGCAAGCAUCAUGAGGAGCCGGAUCUCAUGACGCUCGCGGACGCAGCUGCGGCCGAUACCGACGGCCGUAUGCCGUGGGACGGGUUGGAGCCGCAGGUGAUCGCGGAUGAGAUUGUCAAGGCUAUCAUCGGGCACGAUCGCGGUGGCGUCGGCGAGAAGAUCUGUGCGCACCUUAUCCAAGUCUUCAUCAGCCAGUCCGACGCAAAGCUCGUACACUGGCUCAUCUCGCCUUCGUACCUCUGGGCGCGCCUCACAGGCCGUGGCGGGUCGCAGCCGCACCCGGCCUUCCUCCUCGCACUCAUGCCAGUUCUGAUGCCGUACUCGCCCAACCCCACCUUGUCGCAUCAUAAGACCAUCUCGGCUGUGUCGGAUACUGUAUGUGUGCCCUCGCGCGCACUGGAGCAGCAAGCUCUGUCAACACUCGACCCGCGUGUCCUCGACCUCGUGUGUGCCGCCACCCUCCGCUCUCUCGCUCUUGCGGGCGGUGGUCGAUUUGUUGAUGGAUGGAACGAGAACUCGACAGCCUGCUCCCUCCUCUGGGCCACUGGGCUUGGGAAGCUUAGCGGCGUCGGCGAGAUGUUUGUCGCUCCCGAGAAGCGGCCUGCUGACCGCGCCAUGCGCCUCGACCGCGAACACCGCUCCCGCCUCGUGCGCGCCAAAGGACAGAUCGUGCCGCCGCCGAGCGACGCGCAGGACGUCGCCGAGCGUAUCCGUCUCUUUUGGUCAGUGUGGAUCAACGACUGCGCCAAUGGCAUUUCGUGGAACUGGCCAUGCGACAUUUCGGUGGAGGAGACAACGACACCUCUCCCGCGCGACAGCUAUGAUACGGACGAGGACCUGACGGACAACACUACUCUGCACGAUUUCCUGACCGAGCGCGUGCACAGCUCGCCGACCGACGGCAAGUUUACGUCCCGCAUCAAGAGCCUGGCGCUUGCGUAUGCAGCGAGCCGGCAGCUCGACCGCGCACCCUCGGUCGCAACUCCGGACGUGACGGCCCGCCUCCUGCGUAUUUGCCGGCGGCACAUGGCGAUGAUGCGCCCCUUCGCCCCGACCACGCCGGACGAGGCCAAGCUGCAAGGCGGGGACAACCAGGACUGGAUGACCAUGUACGCAGCGCUGUUGCUUCUCUACGCCAAGGAGGAGCUGGACGCGCCCUCUCCCGCCGAGAAGACGGAGGCGCGCGACAAGAUGGUCGAGGCGGGGAUGAACGCGACCCGGUGUAUCCAGGCUGCACUGGAUGCGGGUGACACCGAGAUGGAGGGGUACGACAUUGUGGCGCCGAGCAUCUGGUUCGUCGUUGGCCGGGCGCUGCACCACGUCGCGAACCGGAUCGAGGCAUCCGAGCCCCUCCGCGCGGCAGGACUGCGCGAUAUCGUCCGCGUCAACGUCACCGCUACCGGCACUUGUUGCAAGACGCUCAAGCUCAACGACGUGUAUUACCAGAUGAUGUUCAAUGUCAGCAUGGACCAAGAGGUCAUGUUGGGCGAGUACCGUCGUCCUGACAACUCCGACUUUGACCCGCAGCAGCGCGCCGGCCAGUUCUAA